CGCAUCAUCAUGUCCCCUUUAGCGUGAUUAUUUACACACCUGAAUAAACGGCAUCGUUUCAGUUCAUCUUCAUCAUCACUCUCUCCAAAUAAAAAAAAACGGUAUAAAGACAGAACACAUAGACACACGCAAACAAACUGUAAUAAAAAAGAUCACCGAGUCAAAACCUUUACGUCCCGACCAAACACACAUCUAGCUCUUAAUUUACACUAAAUGCCACUGCCACCGUCUUCGCCGGAAAAUACUUAAAACGGUCGGAAAGAAUGGAGAAAAGCUCGAAACAGAACAUGUCGGUGUUGUUAACAAAGCUCAGUGAUCGAGACACGUUCACAAUGGCGGCUAAAGAGCUAGACUCGAUAGCAAGAAACAUCGAUCCCACGAAUCUCCACUCCUUCAUCUCCGUGAUCCUCUCCGUCGACACUUCCGAUAAACCGGCGGUUCGUAAGCAUUGCAUCAACUUACUCACAGUUCUUUCGCUCUCUCUCCCUCCAAACUCUCUCUCCCCUCACCUCUCCAAGAUCCUGGCCCGCAUCACGCGCCGCCUCCGUGAUCCGGACUCUUCCAUCCGCUCCGCCUGCGUGGCGGCGGUGACGGCGAUGGCGUCGCGCACCACGAAGCCUUCCUUCGGUUCUGCGUUCUUGAAGCCUUUGUCGGAGGCUCUUUUCACGGAGCGGGAGGUGAACGCGCAGAUCGGAGCGGGGUUGUGUCUGGCGGCGGCGAUUGACGCCGCGGAGGAUCCGGAUCCGGAGAGGUUAGGGGGUACGCUUCUGCCGAGGCUUGAGAAGUUGGUGAAGUGUAAGGCUUUUAAGGCCAAGUCUGCUGGAGUUGUUGUGAUCGGAAGUGUGAUCGGUGCUGGUGGUUGUGGUGGUGGUGGAGUUGUGGAUUGUUUGGUUAGUGUUUUGAGUAGUGAAGAUUGGUCGGCGAGGAAAGAAGCGGCGGCGGCGUUGCGGAGGUUGGCGAUGGUGGAGAGGAAUGAGUUGGGAGAGUUUAAGGCUAAGUGUUUGAAGAUCUUUGAAGGAAAAAGAUAUGAUAAGGUGAAAGCUGUGAGAGAGGUGAUGAAUGAGAUGAUAGAGGUGUGGAGACAAGUACCAGAUUUAUCAGAGGAGGUUUCUCCUCCCAGAUCUAAUGCUUCUUCUAAAGGUGAUGCAAGUGAUGGAAGAUACCCUUUAGGCUCUAGAGUUGGAUCAACACCUGGUAAAUCAAGAACUCAUCUGGUUAAUAGAACGACUCCACCGGGGAGCUCAGUCGCCACCGCGGCGAGGAGACGGACUAAUGUAAGAAGUAGUGAUCAGAAGAAAACAAGCUCAGUACCAUCACAUAGUAAAUCAAAUGUAAGGAGAAGAUUGGAGUUUAAAGCUGAAGAAGAGUAUCAACACCAUAAGGAAAACACAAGUGAAGCGAGUCAAUCUAAUAAGGAGAAGACGGAGAAGGUAGGAAGUGUUGUUAGUUCUCUUACUGGUGAUCAUGUCUUGUCUGAAAACAAGAAUAGUAGUAAUAACUGCAAAGGGAUUGAAGAUAUGUCUCUUAUACGUAGUCAGCUUGUUCAGAUUGAACAACAACAAUCCAGUCUAAUGGAUCUUCUUCAGAGAUUUGUGGGAAGCUCACAACAUGGAAUGCAUAGUCUGGAAACUCGAGUUCAGGGCCUAGAGAUUGCGUUGGAUGAGAUAUCUUAUGACUUAGCGGUUUCAAAUGGGAGAAUGAGUUCAAACAGAAACAACUGUUGUCUCAUUCCUCCUGGAAGUUUCAUUACAUCCAAGUUCUGGAAGAAACAAGAAUCAGCAUCCAGGCUAGCUACUUACAGAAACAGAAAUGCAGAAACCAUGUGGAUGCAAGACUCUAGGCAGCGGUUUAAUGGUUCUGCAGGGUUUAUAGUAAACCCAUUAGCUGAAAUUAGACCAGAUAAUGUAUCUUCAGGUAUGCCUCAUAAUUAAGGGAAGAAGAAGAUUCUGAGACUUAAAAACCACUGUGUAUGAAUGUGGUGAUUCAUACUGAUUAUUAAGUUAUAUACAUAUUACUACUACUACCCUAAGUUCACAGCCAUUUCUGUUUUUCUUUUUCUUGAAAAUAUGUUCUACUAAAAUCCUUGAAAAUGUAGAUUAGGUAAGCUACCUAACUUGUGUAAAUUCACGGGUUGAAUAAUUGAAGUAGUUGGCAACUGAUUUUCUUUUCUCUACUUUGGAAAAGAAAAUUGAUCUUUCUUACUCCCUCCGUUUCAAAUUAAUUGUCAUUCUAGAGGAAAAAUUUCGUUUCAAAAUAAGUGUCGUUUUAAAGUUUCGAGACAAAAUUUAUUAGUUUAAUGUGAUAUUCUAUUUUUCUAUUGGUUGAAAAGUGGUUAGGUGUAUAGUUAAUUGUGUUUUUUUCUUGAAAAUAUGUAAAAUUAAAUGUUUUCUUAAUCUGUGUGCAAAAACGUAGAAUGACAAUUAAAAUG